AGGGGCUCCUCUCCUCAACGGGCACUAAUCUCACUCGCCUGCGAAAGAGCGGUCUCGUCCUGGGCGCCUUUCUCCCGAGCUUCAGACUGAAUCAACCUCCCCCCGGUCUCGGCUCUCUCGUGCAUUGCCUCCCCUGGUUCUGCUCCUGCCCAUCUUCCACGCCUCUCCCCCUCUCCAAUAUCCUGAUAUCACUACUGGUCAACUCCCCCGUCGUUUCCCAACCCAUAAACCAGUCCACCCCAACCGCAACCAUGGCGCAAAAGACGACCCUCCAGGAGUUCGAGUCCGUGUUCCCCAGGCUCGAGCAGGACCUCAUCGACUGGGCCAAGCAGUACAAGCUGCCCCAGGAGCAGCUCGACUGGUACACCAAGUCCCUCCAGGUCAACACACUUGGCGGAAAAUGCAACCGCGGCAUGUCCGUGCCGGACUCGGUGUCGCUCCUGCUGGGCUGCGCCCUCACCGAAGACGAGUACUUCCAGGCUGCUACCCUCGGCUGGAUGAUUGAGCUGCUCCAGGCCUUCUUCCUGGUCUCCGACGACAUCAUGGACAGCAGCAUCACCCGUCGCGGCAAGCCCUGCUGGUACCGCCACGAGGGUGUCGGCAUGAUCGCCAUCAACGACGCCUUCCUGCUCGAGUCGGCCAUCUACCAGCUGCUCAAGAAGCACUUCAAGAGCCACCCGGCCUACGUCGACAUUAUCGAGCUCUUCCACGAGGUCACUUACCAGACCGAGCUCGGCCAGCUCUGCGACCUCAUCACCGCCCCCGAGGACGUCGUCAACCUCGACAACUUCUCCCUCGAGAAGUACACCUUCAUCGUCAUCUACAAGACCGCCUACUACAGCUUCUACCUGCCCGUUGCGCUCGCCCUCCACAUGCUCAACAUCGCCACGCCAAAGAACCUCAAGAUUGCCGAGAGCAUCCUGAUCCCCAUGGGCGAGUACUUCCAGAUCCAGGACGACUACCUCGACAACUUUGGCCUGCCCGAGCACAUUGGCAAGAUUGGCACCGACAUCAUGGACAACAAGUGCUCCUGGCUCGUCAACCAGGCCAUCAAGCUCGCCACCCCCGAGCAGCGCAAGGUCCUCGACGAGCACUACGGCCGCAAGGACAAGACCCACGAGGCCGAGAUCAAGAAGCUCUACAACGAGAUGCAGCUCGAGACGCUGUACCAGGACUACGAGGAGAAGGCCGUCGCGCAGCUCCGCGAGAAGAUCGCCAGCAUCGACGAGAGUGAGGGCCUGAAGGGGUCAAUUUUUGAGGCCUUCCUCGCCAAGAUCUACAAGCGCAGCAAAUAAACGGGUUGCCGCUCACAACAAGAUGCAAGGGGGGAUGGAUGAGGACGAACUGCGGUUCACCGAAAAAAACGGAGGACAUGAUCAACGACGAAUAAUGAUAAGCCGCGCUUUAUGGCAGCCUGGGCUGGUGGAGUCGGCCGGUAUAGCGCAUCAUAGAAAUUGCCAUCUUGGUGCAAGGCCUCUGGCAUAAAGUCAUGCCUGUACCACUAGACAGCACUUCCGAUAUAUAGAAGCAAUUAAUAUCAAGAAGGAUUCAAAGC